AUGGCAGCGCGCAAGGGCCGGGCGCGCACAUGUGAAAGCGAGGAGCCCAUGGAGGCUGCUUCCGGCGACGGCCGAGCCGAGGAGCCGGGGCAGGUCUAUGUGCCCGGCCGGGGACCGCCGCUGCGCGAAGGGGAAGAGCUGGUCAUGGACGAGGAGGCCUACGUGUUGUACCACCGAGCGCAGACCGGUGCCCCCUGUCUCAGCUUCGACAUUGUCCGAGAUCACCAGGGAGACAACCGGACGGAACUCCCGCUUUCCCUUUACCUGUGCGCAGGGACCCAGGCCGACAGCGCCCAGAGCAACAGACUGAUGAUCCUUCGGAUGCACAACCUACAUGGGACAAAGCCCCCACCCUCAGAAGGCAGCGAUGAAGAGGAGGAGGAAGAUGAAGAGGAUGAAGAUGAGAAAAAACCUCAACUGGAGUUGGCCAUGGUGCCCCACUACGGCGGCAUCAACAGAGUCCGGGUGUCCUGGCUGGGUGAGGAGCCCAUGGCAGCGGUGUGGUCCGAGAAAGGCCAGGUGGAGGUGUUCGCGCUGCGGCGGCUGCUGCAGGUGGUGGACGACCCGCAGGCCCUGGCAACCUUCCUGCGGGAGGAGCAGGCUCGCGUGAAGCCCGUCUUCGCGUUCGCCGGCCACAUGGGCGAGGGCUUCGCCCUGGAUUGGUCCCCGCGGGUGCCCGGCCGCCUGCUGACCGGUGACUGCCAGAAAAACAUCCACCUCUGGACCCCCAAGGAGGGCGGCUCCUGGCAAGUGGACCAGCGGCCCUUCUCAGGCCACAUUCGCUCCGUGGAGGACCUGCAGUGGUCACCAACCGAGGACACGGUGUUCGCCUCCUGCUCAGCGGACGCCUCCAUUCGCAUCUGGGACAUCCGGGCAGCCCCCAGCAAGGCCUGCAUGCUGACCACAGCGGCCGCCCACGACGGCGACGUCAAUGUCCUCAGCUGGAGCCGCCGGGAGCCCUUUCUGCUCAGUGGCGGGGACGACGGGACCCUCAAGGUCUGGGACCUGCGGCAGUUCAAGGCCGGCUCCCCAGUGGCCACCUUCAAGCAGCACGCGGCCCCCAUCACCUCUGUGGAGUGGCACCCCCAGGACGCCGGGGUCUUUGCCGCAGCUGGGGCCGACGACCAGAUCACGCAGUGGGACCUGGCCGUGGAGCGGGACGGGGAGGCCGAGAGCGAGGCCGGGGCCGGGCUGGAGGGGCUCCCGCAGCAGCUCCUGUUUGUGCAUCAGGGCGAGACGGAGCUGAAGGAGCUGCACUGGCACCCGCAGUGCCCGGGGCUGCUGGUCAGCACAGCUCUGUCCGGCUUCACCGUCUUCCGCACCAUCAGUGUCUGAGACGGACGGGGGACCAUGCUCAGCCACCACCGUGAUCUCCCUGACGUCCUGGUCCCUGGGGGGACUUAUGUGACCUGUUGCCUUCCGACCCGACCCAGUUUCACCCAGAGACCCGUCUCAGCAGAACAUUUGACCUGGCCCAUGGCGCUCUGGUCAGCUGUCACGUCUUGCCCGACCCUCUGCCCUCUGGGCCCAGGGUCCUACGUUUGGGCCGCUGGCCUCCUCCGGACGUGCUGGCUCUGCCAGAGCCUGACCAAGUGGGAGAGGGGGUCUCGGGCAGAACUGAGCUUGACCUCCGACUGGUCCCAGCUGGGCUCCCCGCUAGGGGGUCCCUGAGGAACAGUAAAGGACCCGGUGGGGCAACA